AUGUCGUCACAAUCCCAGGUCACAGUGACGCCAGCAUUGCCUAGUCUACUUGGAAUUAAGUCUUUACGAUUUAGGAAUGGCGUAAAUGGCGUUGGUACCUCGUUUUCAAGCCAAAGUUUAACAACUAGCUCAUCAUUAUCAACAUCCACACCAUACCCACCAUUACUGCUUGCUGCCAAUCGUUCUGAAAAGCAAAAGGAAAUUUUCAAGUGUAAAAUGACAGAAUCCGUCAAGGAAAUGCUGUACUGUUUGAUAUGUAACAUCAAAUUUAGCACGUCCACGAGGAAUAGCAUUAAAAUAUUUGAUAAAAAUUCACUAUGUGAUUCGCAAAAAACUAUUUUAUCAGCACUAAAUCUCGUAUUGGAGACCGAAGUUACUGAAGACAAUGUGCACUCAGAUGUCAUCUGUAAAAAAUGUUAUAAAUUAUUUAAUGAGUACGACGAAUUAACCAAUAGAUUAGCCGAAAUCAAGCACGAUAUUUUUGAAAACUACCGAAAGACAGUCAAAAAGCUGACUGAUAUUGUUGAAGAGGAAUAUAAUGAUCACGAUUAUGUAGAUCAGGAAAACCACGUCUUAGAAGAAUUUUCCCCACAUGCUAUCGAUGAAGACUCAAACAAAACCAAGGACCUUUUGCCAGCAAAAGAAGAGCAUGUUGACAUCGAAUAUCUACAAGAAGACGACUCGGAGAAUAUAAUUAACGAAGAGUACAUCGACAAUCCAAGUCCUGCAAAAAUUAUAUUGGUAAAAACAGAACAGACUAAAAAUAAGGAAGUUUCUAGGAGAGUAAGGAGUUCUCGAGACGAAAAUGAACCUCUAUUACAUCGUGAUAAAAAUACUAAUACCUACACAUGCUUACUUUGCCCGGACGAUGAUCAAAUUGCGGGAGACACUCGUGAGAUAGUUGCGCAUUUAAAAGCUUCUCAUGAUAUCCGGCUUUACGUUUGCGAUAUGUGUGGUGCAGAGUUUAAAAAGCGAAAUGAACUGUCUUCGCACAUGGACGAGCAUAUCGCCAAAGAGGACGGAGACUUCCAGUGUGAGUACUGCAAUAGAAUUUUCUCAAAUUUAAGAUUGUUUAGAAUUCACAAGCGUGUUCAUUACCCUCAAGCUAAAUCGUGGACAUGUGAUCAAUGUGGAAAGAAAUACAGCUCUAAAAACUUGUUGGAAGAGCAUCGUAACACUCACACUGGAAACAGGCCUUACGUUUGUCAAAUUUGUAAAAAAGAUUUCGCUUCUAAGUACACGUUCAAAGCUCAUGAAAAAACUCACGAGGUUCGACCGCGGCCAUUCGAAUGCAAAGAGUGUAAUAAAACUUUUUUGAGCCAGCAAAAUCUUACUCAACAUGAACGGACCCACUUGGGCAUCAAAGAAUUUGUCUGCCAACACUGUGGUAAAGCCUUUGGCUCUCAACACAACCUAGAAGUCCACAAUAUUGUGCACACUGGUCACAAACCCUACGUUUGCGACCAGUGUGGUAAAGCAUUUGCCAGGAAAGCCGAGAUAAGAGACCACGAAAGAACACACACUGGAGAAAAACCUUAUCAGUGUGAGUUUUGCGGUGCGACUUUUAGUCAACGCUCCAACUUGCAGUCCCACAAACGCGCCACUCACUACAAUGAUAAGCGUUACAAGUGCGAUGAUUGUGGAAAAGGUUUCAAGCGAAGAAGACUACUGGACUAUCACAUCAAAGCUCAGCAUACCGGUGAAAGACCGUUCAAGUGUGAAACUUGUUCAGCGACAUUUGUUUACCCGGAACACUUUAAAAAACACAUGCGCAUCCAUACCGGAGAGAAGCCAUAUCUUUGCGAAGUAUGCGGAAAAGCUUUUAACAGUCGGGAUAAUCGUAACUCGCAUCGUUUUAUUCACAGCGAUAAAAAACCUUAUGAGUGUUUGGUUUGCGGAAUGGGAUUCAUGAGAAAACCACUUCUGUAUACUCAUAUGCAGAACUUGGGACAUUUAAAUGAUACUAUUGUUGUUAACCAACCGAGAUUAACUACUACUGAAGAACGAGUUAUAACUAUUCCUGAAGGCACUCAGUUAUUGAUUGACGGUGAACAAGAAGAAGAUAUGGAAGAUACUGAAUUAUAUGUAACAGAUCUGAAAGAUCAUGUUAUUAUUCAAGAAGAUGAAAAUAUUUAUCAACAUGAAGAUGGACUUGAUAUUGCUUCAGAUGAAAAUAUUGCUGCAGAUCAAAUUGAACAUAUUGUAGUUAAUAAUCAGAUUGCAUUUGCUGACGGCAGUAUGAUUGAAUGUAAAGCAGAAGAUGCUGAAGAAGAUGCAGAGAUGUAUAGUUACACUGACGACGGUGAAACAAUGGUUGUACCUGCUAGUGAAUACAAAAACCUUAUUGGCAACAGCAAAGGUCCGGUGCGAUUAGUCCAGAUGAGAAUUUUGAACCCCGGAAGUGAUGGCAAAAGCUAUGUCAGCCUUGUCCAGCAGGACUCAUAA